AUUGUGCCAUUUUAGUGUGUUGAGGAGCUCAGAAAGCUGGGGAUGUUUACCUCAGAGAAACAGGACCAAGAUUUAAUUGAAAAAUAUGUAAAAACUAUCUAGAGGAUCUCAAGUGCAUUCCAGCUUGCAUUCUAUGUAAGACGCAGAUCUGAGCAACCGAAGCCACAAGCAAGAUGCUGGUGGCCAUGGGUCCCUAUGGACAGUCCCAGCCAAGCUGCUUCAACUGCAUGAAGAUGGGCUUCGUGAUGGGCUGCUCUGUGGGCAUGGCGGCAGGGGCACUCUUCGGGACCUUUUCCUGUCUCAGGAUGGGAAUGUGGGGUCGGGAGCUGAUGGGCAGCAUCAGAAAAACCAUGAUGCAGAGUGACAGCACCUUUGGCACAUUCAUGGCCAUCGGGAUGGGCAUCUGAUGCUAAUCAGGGCAGUGGUUGCCCACAACAUCCACCCCCUCCCAUCAGUUCCAUCCCAUGUGUACUAUAAUAAAGCAAGUCUUUGAGUAUUCGGAAAAAAAAAAAA